ACGACUGUAAAAAAUAUUUCUGUUAUGCCUUUAUCAGACUUUAUAUGGUCAGUGCAGACACACACCAAUGGAAUUAAAAGAAAGAUCUCUGGUGAUGCCUGUUCUCAACAAUCUUUGGAACAACAAAGUAAAAAAUGCAGAGUUAUUUCCCCUUCUGGUGAUUUCAACGUAUGUGAAAUGGACGAUGAAAAUCAUAAUGAGAUGUCAUCACAGAACUACAACAGCCAAUUACACAAUGACAGAUCUGAGUCAGAAUCUCAAACUGUACUUAGGCUACAGGGACAGCAGCAAUUGACAUGUCCUAGUUUCCUAGCAUCUCAACCAGACGGUCAAGGAUUUUUAUCUCAACAACCAUCUGUUCAAGGAUUUAUAUCUCAACAACCAUCUGGUCAAGGAUUAUCUCAACAACCAACUGGUCAAGGAUUUUUAUCUCGACCUUCUGGUCAAGGUUUUUUAACUCAACAACCAUCGCACCAGGGACUUUUAUUACAACAGUCUAGUUCUAGCGGUUUACCACAUCAAUCAAAUCCUGAUUAUUUAAGUCAGACUGGACAAUUUCCAUCACUGCAUGACCAACAGAACAACAUGAUCAUGAAUAUAAACGAAGAGAUUUAUUCUUGUACAAGUCUGUUGUCUGAUGAAGAAAUGGCAUGUACCUCUAUGGAAUCAGACUUUGUACCUGAUCAACAACAAUAUAAUGCUAGAGACAGUUCUGUGGUUGGAGAUUCCACACCUACUAUAGAUCUUGUGAAGUGUUACUGUCGGCCAUCAUGGGAAGGCACCUUUGACAUGAAACCAUAUGUGUCAGACUAUUAUUAAUGAAUUUACCGUGGAAACGCAGCUGAAUGUGGCAGUCAACUAUUGAUGAUCACGUGUUCAUGAUUUACUCCAUACUUUAGUCUCAUUUGCCAUUAUAUAUUCACAAUAUUCUUGUUACCAAAGUUUUGGUAAUUUUUUAUUCAAAAUAAAAAAAUUGUAUUGGGCCAAAGGCCUAUGGAAGCCUUCUCCAGUAUACGUAUUGUUAAGACUAUUUUGUUGCAGGUUUAUAUUAGUUAUUUUUAAAGUAUUUUAUUUUAUACAUAUAUCAACAAUGUUUUUUUCAUUGGUGAGGUUUAAAUUAUCUUUUAAAGUUGAUAGAAGUACUUUACAUAAUAAAGAUCACUGUCCUAAUAUUUUUUUAAGCUAAAAAAGGGAUAGUUGCUCAAACUUAAGGAACAUAAUAAUAGAAUUUUAAGUAAUACCAUAAAUUCUAGUUCUCAUUGAGUAAAUUUUCAAUAGAUACUUGUACCUAGGUUUUUUUAUCAGAUUGUUUUAAUGCAACAACUUUAUUUUAUCAGGAUAUUUCUAGUAUUAUGUUCAGAAUUUUUUUUAAAAUUUUGUUUACUCAUGUUUUUUUUUAAAUUGAAAAGUUUGAAUUAUUUUUAAUUUACGAAUGAAUGGUAUAAAGGGGAAUUUUAUACAUGAUAACAUUGCAACUAAAUUUUAUAUGUUUCCUGUCAUUUAAUAAUGUCUUCUUCAAGGGUUACAGCUUUUGAUAUGUUCUAGUUGUCACAUCCAAUGAAGUGUUCUAUACUGAAUCUGUAUUUACACUAAGCCAUAUUCAUAGGGGCAGCUAUAUUUAUAAAUCAGUGCUACAUUGUGUUAAACAUUAUAAUUAUUGCUCAUUAAAGCCUGAUAGAUUGAGGUUAUAUAUUCAUAGUGUGGUAAACAACAGAUUUUAUACAUUUUCUUGUUGAUUGAGAAUUUCGUAAAGUUUGUUAUGUCUUAAUGUUAGAUCUGUAUAUUGUUAGUGUUCUCAUUGUAAUUUUUUACGAAGUAAAGUUUAUAUUGUCA